CCCCGGAAUAAAAAUUUCUCUCAUUUCUCAGUUGAUCUACGGCAGCGGUUUCGGUCGGUUCGAUAAAGUUAAUCCGCGGGCCCGCACAUAAAGAUUUCGGGUAUUCACGUUCCAACAAAAGUUUAAAAGGCGAACAAAAAAGUGAUCAAUUCUCGUUGAAAAUAUGCGUAAAACAUUUCGAUACCUGUGGCGCCCAGCCGGGGCACUGUUUUCAUUAAGCCUCGUUAGUGCAGCAAUAAUUUUCCCCAGAGUGCCGGAUGUACUCAAUCCACCUGUACCAGAUAGUGUUGAUUUAGUAGAGCAAUCGGCUGCCUUACAGGAAGGAGAACAGGACCCGGAAGUAACACCGGGAUUAUUCCAGGGAGACAUGGCCAUGGACAAUCGCAUGUACAAAUAUUGGAGAGUAGGCCUCAAGUGGGAUGUUUUUCCGGAGCGCAAAUGGCCCAACGGAACAGUUCCCUAUGCUAUCAGUCCGUUGUACGAUGUUGACGAUCAAGUGACUAUCCUUCAAGCUAUAAGAACGUUGAACUUUAUGACAUGUGUUAAAUUCGUCCAGUGGAACGGGAAGGACAAAGAUUUUCUGUUAAUUUGGCCUAUCAAAUACCCUAAAGGAUGUUGGAGCUAUGUAGGAAAGACCGGUGGAACUCAGAUCGUGUCGCUGCAGCCACCAGAUCAUCAAAGUGUUAACUGUUUGGGAAACGAAGGGCGUGCAAUACAUGAGCUGAUGCAUGCUAUUGGUCUGUUUCAUGAGCAAUCGAGAGCUGAUCGCGACCGAUUUGUAAAGAUCAAUUGGGAUAACAUAAUUCCAGCAUUCAAAUCCAACUUUGAGAAGCAAUCGCUAAAGAAUACGACGUAUAACUUCGAGUACGACUACAACAGCAUCAUGCAUUACGGGCGAAGCUACUUCAGCGUUGGAAAGGGCAAACUAACUAUUGAACCCAAAAUGCCUGGAAUUAAAAUUGGGCAGCGGCAAGCGCUAAGCAAAACAGACUGCCUGAAAAUUAACGAUUUGUAUGGUUGUUUGGAUAACCCUAGGCUCACAAAGAAAUACUACAAUCUCUGUAAAACGCUUGGAAUAUAAUCAUGUGUGUCUGUUGAGAUUUCUUGUCAUGUGCCAUUCAAGGGAAUGUUGUUCGUUAAUAAAUAAAUAAAACCGUAAUUUAUUGAAAAGUGAA